AUGGUUCGACUUGAUGUUGAUGUUUUAAGAGAUCAUCUUAUUACUAAGGGUAUUAAUCAACUGUAUAAGUGUUGGUUAAGCCACAUUGAGAUUUUAGGGGAUGCUUCUUCUAAUGUAGAUACUGGUAUGGGAUUUGAUACUUUGAUGGAAGACGAGACACACGAAGAACUUAUGUAUGAUGAUGAAGGGGUAGAAGAAAUGAUUAAUGCCUUACAAGAAAGCAUUGAAGAUUGUCCAGAGAUGUUGGAGAACUUGUCUAUUGAUGCAAAGAAACCAUUGUAUUCUGGAUGUUCUAAAUUUAGUAGAUUAUCUGGUGUGCUAAAACUUCUUAGCAUUAAGGCGAGUAAUGGCGUGACCGAUAAAUGCUUUACUAAGUUCAUGGAAGCAUUCCAUGAGAUUCUUCCCGAGGGAAACUUGCUUCCUUCUCGCACUUAUGAUGCUAAAAAGAUGCUAACCUCAAUUGGCUUGAGUUACGAGAGAAUUCACGCUUGUCCAAAUGAUUGGAUCUUGUAUCGAAAAGAAUAUGCCUCAUUAGAGAGUUGCCCUGAGUGUAAUGUUUCGAGAUAUAAGAAAAAUAAGGUGCCUGCCAAAUUCAUGUGGUACUUUCUAAUAAUACCAAGAUUCAGACGUCUUUUCAGUGUUCCAGUAGAGGCAAAGAAUUUGACAUGGCAUGCAGAUUCGGAUGGAAGAGAGAAAGAUGGUAUGUUGAGACACCCUGCCGAUUCUCCACAAUGGGUCAAGAUUGACAAAGACUUCCCUGAUUUCGGAGCUGAACCUAGAAAUUUGCGACUUGCCCUUGCAACUGAUGCGGAAGUAUAUGAUGUUAUCUACAUUGAUUUCGGGCCCAAAGCAACCAGCCAUGAUAUUGAUGUUUAUUUAGCACCAUUAGUUGAAGAUUUAAAGUUGUUGUGGGAGUCAGGUGUAGAGGUGUUUGAUGCUCACCGUAAAGAAAAUUUCAAUUUAAAAGCCAUGCUUUUUGGCACUAUUAAUGACUUUCCGGCAUAUGGUAAUCUAUCAGGAUAUAGUGUCAAAGGUUAUAACGCUUGCCCUAUAUGUGAUGAGAACACAUCCUCGAUUAGAAUACCUAACUCUAACAAGAUUGUGUACAUGGAAAAUCGAAAGGGGCUUCCUGUGAAGCAUCGUUACCGAAAGUGGAAAAAGGCUUUUAAUGGUAAGUGCGAAGAAGGUAAAUUUCCUAUUUCUUUAUCUGGGGAUCAGAUAUUUAAGAAAGUGCAAGGGUUGAAUGUGAAACAUGGAAAACUAAAUUCCAACCAACUCCCUAGUAAGGGCUACAAGAAAGAGUCAAUUUUUUUUGGUCUUCCAUACUAG